AUGGACAAUGCUAAGGCAAUGGACACACCAAUGAGCACUACUUGCUACCUUGACAAAGAUGAACAAGGUAAAAGCAUAGAUGUAAAGAAGUAUAGAGGCAUGAUAGGAUCAUUACUUUAUCUAACGGCAAGUAGGCCAGAUAUCAUGUUUAGUGUAUGCAUGUGUGCGAGAUACCAAGCUAAUCCUAAGGAAUCUCACUUAAGUGCGGUAAAAAGGAUUAUGAAGUAUCUCAUAGGAACAUUAAAUGUCGGAUUGUGGUAUCCGAAAGGAUCCACCUGUGAUUUGAUUGGUUAUUCCGAUUCCGAUUUUGCCGGUUGCAAAUUGGAUAGGAAAAGCACUAGCGGCACUUGUCACUUGCUAGGAAACUCUCUUGUUUCAUGGUAUAGUAAGAAACAAGUAAGUGUAGCCUUGUCUACCGCCGAAGCCGAGUAUGUAGCCGCCGGUAGUUGUUGCGCCCAAAUUUUAUGGAUGAAACAACAACUUAUGGAUUAUGGUCUCAUGCUUAACCACAUUCCUAUCAAAUGUGAUAAUACUAGUGCAAUAAAUUUAACCAAGAAUCCGGUUCAACAUUCAAGAACCAAGCAUAUUGAGAUUAGACAUCACUUCAUAAGAGACCAUGUUGAAAAGGGUGAUGUGGUUAUUGAAUUUGUUGAAACUAGUAAACAACUAGCAGACAUCUUCACUAAACCUUUAUGUAAAGAAAGUUUUUUUAACAUCCGAAAUGAACUUGGUAUCUUGGAUUCUAAUCUAAUAUGA